AUGAGGUCGAGUCUCCUGCCAAGCCGUCUGACCCGCGGGUGUAAAGUUACGAGCGCUCUCCGAGGACACACCUCCAGAGGGAGUUUCCUGGGAGCCGAGCAGGAUCCUCCUGCAGCUGCGAAAAGCUCCCACUCGGAGAAGUCGCUCUGCAGAUCCGCAGUUCUUGCAGCUCCGGACGGGAAAGCGCCCGGGAUGGGCCACUCUUUACGCGCGGCUGCCCUGCUGGCCUUCGUGGUCCUGUCUGUCCUGGUGUCUCUCCUCAUUACGAGCCUGAAGCAGUUUGGAUCUCGAUCAACGCGCUUUUUCAACCCCACCGGUCCGGAGGAGCUGCACAGGGGGCUGGAUGUCCAACUCAGGGAGAGACGGAAAGAGAUCCUCCCGCUGCUCCUUCCUCGCUAUGGUGAUGAUGGUGAUGAUGAUGAGAAAAACGGAGUUUUGGAGGACGUUCAGCACUCCUCCGACUCUGUUCUGGAUCUCAGUUUGUGGAAUGAGGUCACGCUUGGCACCGGGAAGGCGCACCGGGAUCAGAUGGGCUGCGAGUCCUUAGUGGACGUGCGGGCGGUGGAGGUGCUCGGGUCCGGAUACACCAAGCUGGUGGUGAAGGCGAACGUGGCCGGAGGUCAGGCCGUGGCGCUGAAGAUGGUCAACGAGGAAGGCGUCGACAUGAGAAAGUGCAUGAAGGAGUUUAAGGACGCGCAGGGAUGCCGGGAGCUGGUCUCCUUCAAGCUGCAGAAAGAAAUGCUGCUGCUGCAGAGACUGCGCCAUCCCAACGUCAUCAAGCUGAAGGGCCACUGUUCAGGAGUCCUGGGAGGAGGAGGAGCGGAAAGAGGAAGAGUCGCUGUCAUUCUGGAGCAGGGGAUUCCUCUCCAGAUGAUCCAGCUGCUCCAGACUCCCUGGGAGGACAGAUUCAGGGUGUGUCUGGAUCUGGUCCGGCUGCUGCACUUCCUGUCCCGCUCUCCUCUGGGCUCCGUGGGGCUGCUGGACUUCCAGCCGCGGCAGUUCGUCACCGUCUCCGGCCAGCUGAAGCUCACUGACCUGGACGACGUCAGCGCCGGGGAGAUCGCCUGCUGGACGGACGCCGACUGCACGCUCAAGUUCCCGCACAGGAACUUCACGGUGCCCUGCUCGGCGCGGGGCGUGUGCGACGGCCUGAACGAGAAGAGGAACGUUUACAACGCCUACAGGUUUUUUUUCACCUACCUGCUGCCUCACCAGGCUCCUCCCGGCCUCACACACCUGGUCGACCACAUCAUGAACACCACAGGGGAGCUGAAAGCCGACAUCAAUCAGACUCUGGCGGCCUUUGAACACAUCCUCCUCCUCUACAAAUCGGGCCUCCACCUGGACAACCUGCACCCUUCAGCCCUGAGAGAUUACACCGUGAUGCGAGACAUGAGCACCUCUGGGAACGGGGAGUACCGCUGCUGGCCGUCCUACAGCCAGCAGGGCUGCGUUUUGUCCGUCCACAGCGCCAGAGAGGCUGCGCACAUCUGCAACUCCCACUCUCAGUGCAACAGCUUCACUCUGACCGGACAGAAGACGUGGACGGGCCACCACCUCGCUUCGUUCAGGAGCAGCUUCAGCCACCUGGUGCCCGACUCCGCCUCGGAGGUCUACGUGAAGAAGAGCAAAGUUCCCCAGCCGCCGCCGCCGCCAUCGUCGUCUUGACCUGCUGCCGCAGCAAUCGGAGCUGACGUGAAGAGAGAGCUGGAACACGGCUCGUUGGCGGGAAGUGAAGCGGGAGCGCUGCGUUUACGCAGAGAACUGAAGUCUCUCUGUGAACACGCUGACCGCAGCUCGGCCCGGCCGCAUGAGGAGCGGCCUGCGGAGGCUGUUUGAAGUCAGCAAGUGAACGUGUUGUAUUUAUAAGGCUUCUGCUCAGCGACUGUUUGAUCUGCCUGCCAGCUCGCUGCCUCUGCCAGCUACUAUUUAAAGGGAUUUCCCUUUAGGUACCAUUAAGGAGGGAGAGCCUUGUGCCCUCACUUAUUUUGUUUUUUUCCUUUAUUUGCCAUGUGACUCGGCUCUCGCCAGAGCUUAAAAGCGGACCUCGGAGUUCGGCGUUUGACGAGAAACGAAAACAAGUUCAGAGAGAAGCGGACUUUGAUGGAGGACGCUGAGGUCGGGGUUGUGUUUUCAUGGUUGUCUGGAUUAAGCUGCAGCCAUGUGAGCGUUGGAACAUCAACACUGGGACAGAUAAUUAAAACCAUUCCACAGACGCCUGCUCUCACAUGCAUUUUAUACAAAACCUAGUCUUACUGUUCAUAAAUAUUUAUACAAUCAAGUGAAAUGUAAUUUUAUAUAGUGCACCUUGUGGGUGAAACUUUUAUUUUCAAUGAAAAAUGUAUUUUUUUUUACCAGGCUACAAAAACACGUCUUACUUUUGGUCUAGUUUUUAGUGCAAAUAUCUUGGGACAUUUGAAAUAAAACAAAACUAACUUGUUUUAAGUAGAUCUUUCCUGAAUAUUGAUGAGAAAUGACUUGUUUCAGUUGUUGCAUUUUGAAAAUAAAUUAUCUUAAUGAAAACUUUGCAGUUUUGGGGGAAAAAACUAAUUUUUGGACUGAGAUGAGUUUUUUUUCUCCGUAUCAAAAUUGGUUAAUUUGGGAAAACUGUAGUGGAAACAUGUUUUUUGCAUCAUGAGUCACAUAAUCAACAAUCAGAUGUUACCACUGGCAGAAACCACAAAGAAGACAACGACAGGAAGUAGUUAGAGGAUGAUGGUUUUGCUUGAAGAAUCACAGCAAUUGUGAAAUUGUUUGACUUUACAGCACAUUUACAAUGGAGGUUCCACUUAGAACAUGAAAUAAUCUUCCAGUAAUUAUUUACCUAAACUCUUAUAUCUCUCUAAAAGUUACUUGUAAUUUAGUUCUGUUUUCUUUCAGGUGUAUAAAUAUAUUUGCACUAGAAAUAACCAAAAAACUUGGCAUUUUGUGUUUUUGCAGUGCAUUUGUAACUGUAUGAUUUGUCCCUAUAUAAAUGUAUUCCUUGUCCUUUUCA